CUGACAUGCUAAAAGGAGUCCAACAGUAUACCAGGAGGGAUCUCAACGUGUAGUCAAUGAUGAGCUGUUUGUGAAAAGACCUCAAAACAUGGAUCUGUAUAAAGCAGCUUUCCUCUUGGCAGCCUUCAUCUCCACUGUAGUGGGAAGUGCUGAGGUGGACGGCUACUCCAAAACUGAGGGGGCAUGGGUCCUCUCUCUUAACAGAAGACAGUAUACAGUGGGCACUGCGGCUGAGUGUUCUGCCAAAUGCAACACAGAAACAUCCUUCACAUGCAAAUCUUUUGCCUAUAUUGAAAAGGAUCAAGAAUGUUGGACAGCAGCAGCAAAUUCAAAAACAGAGCCUGUCCUGCGCCGAAGCAGCUCUGCUUUAUAUGAGAAAAACGAAUAUCUUCUGGAGUGUGUACAUGGAAUAGGAAAAGAUUAUAGAGGGACAAAGAGUAAAACGAAAUCAGGAAAGGUGUGUCAGAGAUGGGCUGCAAAAAUCCCGCACAGGCCCAACAUCACGCCGCAGAGCCACCCCCUAGGAGACCUUGACUCUAACUUCUGUCGGAACCCUGAUAGUGACAGUGGGGGACCUUGGUGCUACACCACUGACCCCAGCACCCGCUGGGAGCACUGCAACGUAUCCAGCUGUACUGAGGAGUGUAUUCAUUGCAGCGGUGAAAACUACAGAGGAAAGAUUUCCACCACUGAAAAGGGUUUCACCUGCCAGCGCUGGGACUCCCAAAAGCCUCACAACCACGGCUACAAUCCCAGCGCUCUUCCAGACAAGUAUCUUGAAGAAAACUACUGCAGAAACCCAGAUGGAGAACCCCGACCAUGGUGCUUGACCACCAGCACUUCCAAACGAUGGGACUUCUGUUCCAUACCCCGCUGUACAUCGGAACCUCCCACCAUCGUCCCAGAGGUGACCUGCGCCACUGGCGAGGGUGAAGCAUAUCGUGGCACGGUAUCUGUUACUGAGUCUGGCAAAACUUGCCAGAGCUGGUCUGCUCAGACGCCCCAUACACACAAUCGCUCACCAGAAAACUACCCUUGCAAAGGUCUAGAUAGCAACAACUGUCGUAACCCAGACAAUGAAAGGAUGCCCUGGUGUUACACCACUGACCCCGCGACUCGCUGGGAGUACUGCAGGGUGCCACGCUGCGGGGAUGCCCCUGAAUCAGAUGAUGGUGUGAUUCCACCUGAGGAGGACGAUUGUUAUGAAGCGAAUGGCUCCAGUUAUCGAGGAAUAACAUCAGAGACCAUCAGUGGAAAAAAAUGCCAAAUGUGGAGCUCCAUGACUCCCCACAAACAUGCCAAAACUCCCCGGGAAUACCCGACAGCAGACCUCAGGAGGAAUCUCUGCAGAAACCCUGAUGGAGACAGAGCCCCCUGGUGCUACACUACAGACCCCAGAGUCCGCUGGGAGUACUGCAACCUGGAGAAAUGCCAGAGCAAGCCUUCAGGGCCACUUUCCACCAAUGCACCAACACCGCAGGCCACUCAGAGCCCUGCAGAGAGAGACUGCAAGAUUGGAAAUGGUGUGACAUACCGAGGCCCAACCUCCAUGACAGUACUAGGUGUGACUUGCCAGGCAUGGACCGCUCAGAGCCCUCACCAACAUAACAGCUUCACUCCACAAACACACCCCAGUAAGGGUCUGGAUAGCAACAACUGCAGAAACCCAGACAAUGAUGUGAACGGACCAUGGUGCUACACCACUGACAGGAACAAGAAAUGGGACUACUGCCAGAUUCCCGACUGUGAAGGACUCAAUUGUGGGACACCAGUUAUCAAACCAAAGCGCUGUUUUGGUCGCAUUGUUGGUGGCUGUGUGUCCAGACCUCACUCAUGGCCCUGGCAGAUCAGCCUCCGAACCGAUACAGGAAUCCAUUUCUGUGGUGGAACUCUAAUCCACCCUCAGUGGGUCCUCACCGCUGCACACUGCCUGGAGAGGUCCCGCCGGCCCUCGGCCUACCAGGUGGUGAUGGGUAUCCACCGGGAAACAGCCACCGAGUCAUCAAAGCAAGUGAGGCGGCUUGAGAAACUGGUGCUGGGACCCAACAGAGCUGACAUUGCUCUGCUCAAACUUGAUAGACCUGCUUUAAUAAAUGACAAAGUGCUGCCGAUUUGCCUGCCAGAAAAGGACUUCAUUGUUCCAAGCAGAACAGAAUGUUAUGUUACUGGAUGGGGUGAAACUCAAGGUACGGGGGGUGAAGGUGUCCUGAAGGAAACUGGUUUCCCUGUCAUUGAGAACAAGAUCUGUAAUCGUCCAUCAUACUUGAACGGCAGAGUGAAGGACCAUGAGAUGUGUGCUGGAAACAUUGAGGGAGGAACUGACAGCUGCCAGGGCGACAGCGGAGGUCCUCUGGUGUGCUAUUCCCAGAACAAGUAUGUCCUGCAGGGUGUGACGUCAUGGGGCUUGGGAUGUGCCAACGCCAUGAAACCUGGCGUCUAUGCUAGAGUGUCAAAGUUUGUCGAUUGGAUUGAUAGAACCAUUAAAGCCGGCUAAAACUAUCCAGCAUUAAAUGUGGCUGGUUGCACAACAUGACUGUUCAUUAUGUGCUUGAAAGUAUUUACAUGUAUGCUGUUUGAGUUUGCAUGCUGACCUUAAUUGAUGCUAUCUUUAUUUUUUCUAUGAUGGCGAAGUAAAAAUGAAAUAGGAAAAUCACUUUUUACAGAGAUGAAAAUUUUGAUCUUAUUAAUGGUAGUAAAAUUCCAUUAUACAGUUGUUUCUCUGUCUUUUGUCAGAUGUGAUAUUAAAAGUUUCUUCACUUGUA